AGCUAAAGCUAAGGGUCAAUGUAAAGGUACUUGAAAAGAUAACGUUGUGUUUGAUAGAAACGUUUAAAACAUAGCUAAUAAGCGCCGAAUGGCCACUUUACCCGAGUACACGGAGUACCUUUCAUGUGAAGUUGAUAUUAUUGUGUUUUUUGUAGAAAUCAUGUCUGUACUGGGGGGGUUACUGAAAGCUGGAGCGUCCUUCUGUCAGACAGCCAGGACCAUUUCUACUGGGGCAUGCUGUCAGAUCAGGAUGCAUUGCAUCCCUCAGCUGAAGAAGGUGGACAGGUGGACUGAGAAGAGGAGUAUGUUUGGAGUUUAUGAUAACAUAGGCAUCUUAGGAGAAUUUAAAGCUCACCCCAAAGACGUCAUCAUUGCUCCAUGCUGGGUGAAGGCUUUCAAUGGCAACGAACUGCAGCGUCUCACGAGAAAGAAGAAGAUGGUGGGAGACCGAAUGCUGACGCUAAACAAACACAACUUGGAGAAGAGGAUAAGCUUCCUCUACAAGCGAUAUAACCGCUACGGCAAAUACCGUUAAACAAACCAUGCUGGCAAAUGCAUCUGACCAGCCAAGAAGAACAGUCGGUGUGACGUCGUGCUGUUGACAUUUUUUCUAAGUUAUAUUCAUGUGAAGAGAACGUGUGUUCCAGAGCAGCAUAUUUCCUGUACUUGUUUAUUAAUGAUUUUGCUGUCAAACACAGAAUACACGAUAUAAAAGCCUGAAAAUGGACUCGUUUUAUUCCCUACAAACGCCGUCUGCUGUCGGACGGCAACUAGUGUGUUGCUUUUGUUCUGUAGUUUGACAAAUACCACGAUUGUGUUGAAGCCAGAGGUCAAAGGUCAGCACUGGAGCUCAGGAUGAACCAAUAAAAGAAUGAAUAAA